AUGAGUCGAAAAUUUGACUCCAUCAAAGACAUUACCGACAAGAAGGAGACGUGGAGACUGGCUGUUCGUAUUAUUGAUUCAUGGAGCGUCGUUAACAGUAAGGGUGCUGAACAUCUGGAGAUGGUUAUCAUGGAUGCUGCGGGUGAUCGAAUUCAAGUUUUGAUUCGUGCUGAUCACACACAUAAGUGGAAACCAAGAAUUCAAGAAAAUAUGACUUGCAUAAUAAACAACGGCACUGUAUUUGAUAACGAUUUUCAGUGGAAGCUUUGUGACCAUUCUAAAAAAUUUGUCUUCCUUGGUGGUACGACCAUGAAACACAUGGAUGUUCAAAAUAUUCCUCCUCGAAAGUAUUAUUUCAAAGACUUUUCUGAAAUUAAUGGAGGCAAUUGUCAACUAAACAGACUUGAAGAUAUUAUAGGUGUUGUGCAUGAGAUCAACAAUAUGCAAUCAAACACGCCCGGGAAGAAGACAUUUGUUGCCUUCAGUCUGAAAGAUUUGAGUGGUAACAUUGUUAGCUGCACAUUAUGGGAGAGCUAUGGAUCUAAGUUUUUGGAUUACUACAAUGACCCAAAUAAUAGCGGUGCUAUUGUCGUCAUACUAACCCAUGCAAUGAUAAAGGAAUCCCAGGUAUCCAAUGCAUGGAGUGGUUCUAAGCUGCUGAUCAAUGAAGACAUCCCUGAGAUUUCCGAGUUUUUAUCAAAGCUGCCUGCAAAUGAGCAAAAUCAAAAGCCUUCCCAAUUUGCCAAAUCUAUGUCUCUUUGGUCCGGUGGAUCUCAGUUUACAACACUUGAAAAAUUUGUUCAUAAGGCAAAGUGCAUUCCUUUGAGUGAAUUAACCAAAAUCAAACAAGACAUGUUAUGUGUGACCAUUGGAACUACUGUUAAAUUUUAUGUAUCCAAGCAUGGUUGGUUCUACUAUGGUUGUACAAAGUGCUCUGUCAAGGCUACUGAUUUGAACAAUCCAUACAAGUGUGUCUGUGGCGAAAAUGUUAACAAACCCAUACCAAGGUACAAAGUUGAUAUAUACGUUUAUGACGGUGAAUCAAAGUUCCGAUUUGUCUUUUGGGAUGCCGACUGUGAGCAUAUAAUAGGACAAUCUGCUGAUAGCAUGCAUAAAUCAAUGUUGGAGAAUGGUGAAGAUGAUCCCAUGGUUUAUCCUGAUGAGCUUGACAUCUUACUGGAAAAGAAAAUGGCUUUGAGAGCUAAGGUACAGCCAACCUUUGAGCAAGCAUCUGUUUGGAAGUUGUCGUACGAUGAAGAAUUUGUCAACCAAAUUGAAAAGGAUUAUAUUGCUAAUGAGGCUCAUAGUAUUCCUGUCACGCAAAAUGCUGUUUCUGAUCACGUUGAAACUUCCAUGGAGUCGUUAUCUGCAUUUGGAGAAAAUGAUCCAGACAAGAGUUUGGCCAAUACCCCUUCAAAGAGCGUCUCCCAUGCCGUUGAUGCCGAAGAUUCGGAUUGUCAUGUUUUAGGCCUUACUCAAUACUCAGGAACCAAACCACCCAAAAAAGUGAAGAUUGAACCAAAUGCUUGA